UAUUAUUGCAAGAUGGUCAACCUAGGACUCACGAAGGUGGAUGAUGCACUUGUAGCAAAACAUCCGGGUUUGGAGAGGUACGCUGCCUGUCAGUCCCAUGCCUUUAUGAAGGGAACAGGGAGUUUCAUACUCGGUACAGCUAGUCUCUUCUUUGCACAAAGAGCUCUUCAGAAGCGACUCCCUUAUGCCCUUCAGUGGAACCUGCUAGUGUCUAUUGUGGCUUCAUCAGUAUUCAGCUAUUCGGUGACACGCUGGGAGACCAUGAAGUGCACAGACUUGUGGUUACUCCUUGAAACAGGAAGCGUUCCUGACAGAAACCCACCAAAAGAAGAACCUCCUGCCUUGACAACACCGGCUGGCCCCAAAGUCACACAGUAUGGAGAUGUCAUGGAUUAACUCUCGAGGACCAGCAAUGGAUCCCUGGCCUUGUAUGUUCAACAAACAGGCCAAUAUAUUCUUUGGACUGAUUCUGUUGGAAGAUCUGUAACUAUGCCAACGUGUGGCAUUUGUCAAGGGAAGGUGCAGAGACUGACAGAGGGAUAGGUAUUGAAGCAUUUUAAUGGCAGAGUAUCACUUCUUGGAUCAUAUAUGUAUAUAAUCCUUGAAACAGCACCACCUAUUGGUGGAGAGCCAACAUGAUUGCUGCAUUUCAUUUAAAGUCAGAGGGUGAGCUGCAAAGGAAACACAGAGUAUGUUGAAUUUUAUGAUUUAAAUUUUGUCCUAAUAAAGGCGAUCUUAUAAGUCCCA